AUGGGUAACUUGUAUCCAGAUGAGAAGGGGGCCACAACUGUGAAGAAUUGUCGAGAGGUUGAUAAAGAGGUGCGAAAAGUCCUAAUUGAGAAUAACAUCAAGGGUAAAACAACAACGAAUAAUCAUAUUUAUCUUCCAGUAAGCAGAGGAGGACAAGGCAUGAAAUUCAUCGAGGUGGAGGCAGAAAUUCACAUGGUCAAGAAAGGAGUAUACAUAAGGUCACACCCAGAGAUGCAGGAGGCACACGAGAGCUACAUCCAAUUACAGGGAAGUGGAUGGAGAAACCCCCUAUCUGACCAUGACUUCGUUUCUACUAAAUACGGCUGCCCGGAUGUGGAAUACACACAAACAAAAAUCACGAAGAACUGUAAAACUAUGAAAAAACACAUCGAAAAACCAUUCUAUGAACAACUAGAGAAAGAAUGGAUAAUGAACAUGCACUAUGGGAGAAUAUUCGUAAAGGAGCAGCCCAACAUCGAACUUCCAGCAUACACCUCCCCACUUAUGGAUAGUUGGAGAUUUUCUUUACUCCACAGUGCGGCUGAGGAACAAGUGCAUGGUCUGGUGGCAAUUCUGGGAAGGAGAAAGAAUUGCAGGAGGGGAUGCAGCCAGAGCGAGACAGCAUACCAUGUCAGUAGCGCCUGUAUACAAGACGCCUACAACACCCGGCAUGACUACGUCGUUCACUGGGUCCUCAAGUCACUGCUGAGCGGCCUGAACGCCCCAGAAGACAUACAGCUACAGUUUGGUAAGGCCACCCUCUCUGUGGACUUUUUUGGAAUGCGCAGGGUGGAGAUAAGGGCAGGAACUGAAAUUCUCACGGAAAAACGCAUCCACCAUAACACACCAGAUACCUACUUACAUCUUUAUGACCCUGAGGAAAUUAUCAUUCUAGAAAUCUCAGUGGCACACUUACAAAACUACAGACUUCAAGAAAAAAUCAAGAAGGUGAGAUAUUCAGUCAAUGGGUCCGCACAUAUAGACCAUACAAAUGUGGAUGAAGCAUGCAGAGACCUAAAUCUGAUGGGAGAACUCCGAUCAACCUACCGUUGCCCUGUUCACCUGGGCGUGUUUGUCGUCGGUUGCUUUGGGGAGAUAGUGACAACUGAGGAGCAUAAGAACAUUAGAAAAAUACUGAUCAAGAUAGGUAUCAAUAAUUUGAAAAUGAGAAUACUCAUUAACAGAAGCUCCUACAGUGUUGCUGUCUCCACAAGUAACAUAAUUCUGAAACAUCUCUGCGUUGUUAAUUCCAUCUCGACUGUGAUAUUCUGUUGUAUACUAUCGAAGCGGACACAAAAGAACGAUAACUUAUUCAUUAUGCAAUAA